AUGGAGCCCGCGUGUUCGCUUACGGUGCCCUCGCUUUUCGGAUCGUCGGGUCUGGUGCGGGAGAAGCAGCUCUUUGAAAAGUUUUGGAAAGGGACGUUCAAGGCUGUGGCCACCCCGAGACUGGAGAGCGUGAUCGUAGCGAGCAUCACGGCGCGCACCAGGGUCGCUGACUCCAAGACUGCAGCUUGUCCGUCAUUGAAGAUCGAAGAAAGAAAAACUGUGAAGUUGGACACGACUAAAACCAGGAAUGGAAACGUGAAGAGAAGAGGACACAAACGUCACCGCCGCAACAGAAGUCGCUCCUUUGAUGAGGACCUCUCUCCUCGGCCCAAGGCGAAGAAGAAGAAGAGGAAGUCCCAACGCAAGAGGAAGAGGAAAAGGUCUCCGUCUUACAGCCUGUCCCCAGUGAGGAAGAAGAAAAAGAAGAAGAAGAAGAGCUCCAAGAAAAGCAAGCGCCACAGGUACACAUCCAAAAAGUCCAAACACAGCUCCUCCAGCCUCAAACAUAAGAGGAAGAACGAGCAGCGACGCAAGAAAAGCUCCAGGAGCCACGGUCGGAGGAGACAUCGUUAUCGCAGGUCUCCAUCAGAGGCAUCCUCCUGUCAGUCAUCCCCAGAGGACAGACACCACCUGCAGAAGUCCGUGGUACAACAGGUGUUUGGGGAUCUGGACAAAACUCAGCUCAAGUGGACGUCUCCUCCCAGCUCAGAGACUGCUCCAAAGUUCCACUCCAUCCUCCCAGCUCCCAGCAUGUUAUCUUCAAAAUCUGGGAGUCAGGUCUUGGAGGGAAAAGACAAUGGGUUGAUUUUGAAGCCGAGACAUGAUUACGACUCGGGGAAUGACACGUCGUCGCCGCCAUCUUGUAAAACAGACGUGUGCAAGGGGAAGAGGAGCCACAGUGAGCAGCGUCUGGCGUCUCCAGACAAGCACAAGUUCACCGACAGGGACAAUGGCUCCGAUUCAGGGAACUCCGUCACGAGCUACGCCUCCUUGUGCAACAACGGAAAUGAUAGCGUGUCCACCAGCGUGUUCAGCCCCAACACUAAGAGAGCAGAUGACCCUGGGCUGUGGUCGGGAGGGGUCGGUGAAGUCCUGUUGUUCUCACAGAGGCAGGAGGAGGUCGAGGACGCACCGGAGUCGCACCCCCAGCAGCAGCAGCAGAUCGACCAUCAGCUCCAGACACUACUCACGCAGCAUCUCUAUGUCGUCCUGCAGCUCAUAUUCCCGUUCACCAAGUUCCUCCUCCAGUUUGUGGCGCAGAGGAAGCUCUCGGGGAAGUUCCUGCAGGCACAGUGUGGACAGAAGGAGAACGUCCAGCUCCAGAGAGUCCAAAGCGGCACAUUCACACAAGAAGAGACGGAGACGCAAGUCCUACUCCCCCAUGAAGAAGAGAAGGAGAGACUCACCAAGUCAUCUGGAAGCACGCCGCAUUACCAGGUUGGCGGUUCAGAUCUCACUCGUAAAAUAAAUGUCUUUGGUAGAGUGGUCCAGCUCCUGUGCCCAUACCCCCAGUUUCUACGCACACUGGUCGCCAGAAAACGUCCCGUGCCAUACUUCAGACGCAGCCCCUCGUCCAGCACCAGCGUGUCGUCCUGGAGCAGCCUGUUCACGCGGAGUCGCUCCCGCAGCGCCCCCUACAGGCUGAGCCGCACCCGCAGCCGCUCCUACUCCUCUUACAGGAGCUACAGCCGCUCCUCCUCCUGGAACUCCGUAUUCGGCACACGCAGAAAAAUGCCACGGCUUGAUGGGUGCCUUUUAGAAAUGGCUCCCAGAGAAAAACCUUAUCAGAACGAGGCAGGCUUUAUUGCUGUGAUCUGGCCACUUCACACGCAGCAGAACAAACACGGCACUCUGUCUGAAAAAUGA